ACAGCAAACCAGUAUAUAAACGGUACCAUUAUUUUGCGCAGAUCAAACUAAAUACUGAUGCUUGUCUUCUCCAUCAAAACUCCUUCACAUAUCUACAUGGUCAGUGCUGGGAGGGGGAGUUUUAAAAACUCGCCUCUGAACUCGUUUAGCUCUCUGGGCUCGCAGCAGUUUAUUUCUGUCGUCCAUUGAGAGUAAAAGCUGGGCCAUCCCUCCAACGCGCGCCUGUGCUGUGGAGCUCCCCCUUGCUGCGCGCAUCGUGAUCUCGUGGAUGUGGAGUCUCGCGGAGAAAAGAAGCAGGGUCACCUUCUGUCACUGCAAAAAAAGGGGGGUGAUACUGAGUGAUUUGCGGAGGUAGACUACAGGCUUGCCUUUGCGCCUCAGCACCAGAAGCAGCACCUCUGGUGAUCUCCUGCAGGGGCCAAAAAGUUCUCCAGAAGGUUUAUGGAAACCUGACCUCCCACUGGUGGAGAAGUGUAUGAGGAACCCAACUCUGCUUCAGAGGACAGGCUCAGCAAUUAGGGUUUUUUGCGACAUCCAGGACAAUGUCUGGCUCCUACGAUGAAUCUGCAGGUGCUGACGACACCAUGGACAGCUUCUGGGAGGUGGGGAACUACAAACGCGCCGUCAAGAGAUUUGAUGAUGGCCAUCGGCUCUGCAAUGAUCUUAUGGGCUGCCUGCAGGAACGUGCCAAGAUAGAAAAAGCGUACGGAGAUCAGCUAACUACUUGGUCCAAAAGAUGGAGACAACUCAUUGAGAAAGGUCCACAGUACGGCUCUGUGGAGAGAGCCUGGCUGGCUGUGAUGACCGAGGCAGAAAAAGUAAGCGAACUGCACCAAGACGUGAAGAACAACCUGCUGAAUGAAGAUGUGGAGAAGGUGAAGAACUGGCAGAAGGAGGCAUAUCACAAGCAAAUGAUUGGAGGCUUCAAAGAGGCUAAGGAAGCAGAAGAAGGUUUCAAAAAGGCUCAGAAGCCAUGGGCCAAAAAACUCAAGGAGAUGGAAGCAGCAAAGAAAACAUACCAUUUGGCCUGCAAGGAGGAGAGGCUGGCUGCAGCCCGAGAGGCCAACGGCAAGACCGAGGCCUCCGUCACGCCAGACCAGCAGAAGAAACUCCACGAGAAGGUGGACAAAUGCAAACAGGAUGUGCAAAAGGCUAAAGAGAAGUAUGAGAAGUCUCUGGAUGAGCUGAACAAAUGCACCCCGCAGUACAUGGAGUCCAUGGAGCAGGUGUUUGACCUGUGCCAGCAGCAUGAAAUCAAAAGGCUGACCUUUCUCAAGGAGGCCUUGCUGGAUAUCAAACGCCAUCUCAACCUCACUGAAAACCAAAGCUAUGCUACAAUAUACAGAGAACUGGAGCGAAUGAUCCUGGGUUCUAACACACAAGAGGACCUGAAGUGGUUCAGCAACAACCAUGGUCCAGGGAUGCACAUGAACUGGCCUGCAUUUGAGGAGUACAACCCAGACCAGGCUGCAGCUCCUCCAAAGAAGAAAAAACCAGAUGGAGCUCCACCCACUCCGAGCACUGACCAUGUUGCUCCACCUGGUGAUCGUAGCAGUGUGAGCAGCUAUGACAAGAACCAAACUUAUUCGGCUGAGUGGUCUGACGACGAUCAGCCUGCUGGAUACUCCGGCAACGAAAACGGUGGGAACGGAAACUCCUUUGAAGACGACUCCAGCGCGGGCAAAGGCGUCCGUGUGCGUGCUCUCUAUGACUAUGACGGCCAGGAACAGGACGAGCUGUCUUUCAAAGCAGGUGAUGAGCUGACCAAGACUGAAGAUGAAGACGAGCAGGGCUGGUGUAGAGGUCGUUUGGACAGUGGCCAGGAGGGACUGUACCCAGCCAAUUAUGUUGAGCCAAUCUAGUCAUGCAACUCGACAAGGACAUGCCACUGGAGGCAGCUUGAACCGUCCCGUCCAACCUCACCGCACAUAGCCAGAGACUUACGAGCAACACAUCCCCUGCCCAACAAAUGCGUCAAGCAGUCUUGCCUAAAUAAAUCUUAGUAAUCUAAAAAAAGAGACAAUAUAUCAUUAUAACCUAUUUUAGCCGUCCGUGGGGGUGGGUGGACUUACACGUUAAAAACAGCAGUUCUAUCAGUUUAUACACACUAACCCGCAUCAGGACAGAGCAGGAACACAAUGCUUCUCUGUGGCUGCACUGACAGGAGGAUGCAGCUGGCUAAAGCUUGCAGUGUUGCUGCAGUUUGUGCUAAAGGGCAGAAAAUGUUACCAGUUCUACCCAUCUUAAACCUGCGUUGUGUAUAUACGAUGUGAUGCCAUUUUGUGUAGCAUUUCUAAUGCUGUGUGUGUCAUUCUUACAUCAGGAAUGCCGUGUAGUGUUAAGAGUACCACAGACUGUAUCCUUUCGUUUCCUCUCGGUUUGGAUUUUGCUUUUUUUUUCUUCGUAUGUGUGAUUUGGUCGAUUCUCUUCUCCGGCGUGUGCAGUGCUGUGUGUUGAAUCGUUUCCGGUUUUGCAUAGCAGCAUGGGCUAUGCAACCAUCUGCACCCCCAGCCCUCUGCUAUCCACCCCUGAAUCCUGUAGCCAAAGUUUAACCAACAAUUUGAUGCAACAUUUCAGCAAAAAAAAAAGAAAUCAAAAAGAAAGAAAAAAAGCAUCUUCCUGGACAUGCUUCUGAUAUCAAAAAAUCUGGUGAGGAACUGAUCUUACUUUUUAUUUUUCUACAUUCCUAUGUUUUUUCUCGGCAUUGUAAAUCCUUUGACCAUAUCAUCCUCAUGCAACACUAUGGAAAGGAUUUAUGGUUUGUGCCGACAAUUUUUGUUUGUGGGUCAAUAAAUCCAGUCUGAGUUCAGUCCGCCUUGACUACCAAGAAAUGUGAGUGACACAUUUCUUCUUGGGCUUACCAUUUGUGUUGUUUGGUGGGGUUCUGACAAAAAAAACUGUGCCUGGGACUCUUCUUCUAGGGCAAAGGGUCAACAAUGGAGGUAUGGCGAUGCGUUACUGUGAAAUGGCCUGGUGCCUGAAGAUUGCACCUCUCCCAACAGGACAUGAAUGUACUAGUGACAUAGAGAAGCUAAAGGCACUAGUUAUGCGGUCCCAGCUGAGCCAAAGAAAGACCCAUCAACGAUGUUUUUUCUCUCCAUGCGCUUAUUUCACAUUCCACAUGUGAAAUAGCUUGUUUGCUGUGUGUUGUUGCUUUUCCAGUCCACCCAACUUCACAAUCUCUGCAAAAAAAAACACCACUUCCUUACCGUUUGGACUCACACACACACACACACACACACAUGCUGGCUCCGCUUAGAAACUCAACUCAAAUUCAUUCAUCAAAUGCUAACCAUCAAGUUGCUCUUAAAUCUGGAGAAAGGCUCUUUUCUCGACCUUGUCGCAUUGGAUUGAGAAACAAUCCAGAAGUGGUCCAGAUGUGUUUAGCUCUCUGCCUGGAAAAAGGAUCCGUCAGGCUCUCACAUGUGACGAGAAACACAUCACCAGCUCACAAGUUGUGUCUUAGAGUAAAGCUGUCCAGCAUAGCAAAAAGGACUCCUGUCUCCAAACUGUCCCACAUCUUUGAUUCACACACAAAUAACACACAAACACACAUAUGUACGCACGCACACACACACACACACACACACACCCACAGAGGUGUUAAGACACACACUACAACACAAGCUACAUAACCGGGUUACUAUUUUGGGGUAUAACAUUCUAAUCAUUCAGUGUGUAUGAGUUGUGUAAAUGUAAAAUAAAAAAAAUAAAAAAAGACAAAAAAAGACAAAAAAAUGGCCAAAAAAUUAAAAAGUGCAAGCGACUGACUAUUAGGACAAAAUGUAGUGUUAUACAUGUAAAUGUGUUUCGUUUGACUGCAGCAAUGAACAACAUAUUAAGUAAUAGCACCAUAUUGUAGGAAUUUUAUUGCAAUGGAGUCGUCGGUGUAUCAUAAAGCGUGACGUUAUCCCACGCUGUCAGAUUUGUAUAUGAUGAUGUAAUUUAAAGAUUAUAUUGUAUUGUAACUGUACAACUGUGUUGAGUUGAACAUGAAAUCUAAUCCAUAUUGAGGAAGUAUAAAGGUGUACAUGUAAAUGCUUUUAUUUUUAUUUUCUAUGUUCAACUCUUCCUUAUGCACACAGGAGACAGCAGGCGACGCUGUGAAAAACCCUAUAUUAGAGGUCCUAGAAGAUGUUUGUUCAUAGUGAUGUACUUCUAUCUCCUAACUGGUGUAGUGCCUGUUCAUCUUGAUGUAAUAAUAAAUUCAUUCAAAUAUGCAUAAAGAUGAAAACGAUCACAGAC